CUGAAAGAAAAUGUGACUUAAUAAUCACAUCACGUAUAUUAAACAGAUUGGAUGUGUUAAAAAUUGGGAUAACAAGAAUAUUUUUUCUUACAAGUACUAGUUUGUUUUAGUCCAGGUUCUUUGUGAUGCUCUGAAACCAAGUUAAGGUGUAAAGAUAAGCUCGAGCAAUACUGCACAUUUUAAGAGGUUUUAGUUUCGACUUUUAAUGCUGAGAGUUUUUAAAUUUUUGACUUUGUUUACCUUAAUUUUUUAAAGAUGAUCAUCAAAUUUAACAGAAAUACACUAUUGAGUUAUACUCUGUGUGAUGUGUCGUAUUUUUAAAAUGUAUUUUCUAAAGUAGAAAUGUUCUUAACUGAGAUUAAUUUGGAUUUCUUUUUUUAUUAAACAUCUCCAGAAAUCUGUUGAAUAAAUCGUCAGAGUUCACCUUCAAAAUUUUUACUGCGUGAUCAUUUUUCAUAGUUUCGCUUUCAGUUUGGGGCGAGGCUAUAGGCUUUGUCCGUUCUGUUAAAAUCGAACGUUUUUCUUUAUCAUUUAUCUCUAAACUCAACUUAAACAGUCCACAUCCGCUGCUGACGCUCAUUAUCAGUGUUAUUAGCCGAAAUUGUGGUUUUGGUUGAGGUAUUUUUCAUUUUAGGAUCAUGUUUGAUUUCCGGUCUUUUUUCGUUGUCGUCCUCGUCUUUUCCCCUUUGGAGUUUGGCUUUGCUGAUCCGACGUAUGGAAAAGUUGGUGACUCAGUUGUCCUGGAUCCAGGUCGAACGUCUGGUCCCAUCACUAGCGUCACCUGGAAGCAUCGAACUGACCUCGCCUUGGAAUGGAUCGAAGGGGAAUUGACUUACUACAGAACCUUUAAAGAUCGAUGUGAGUUGGACAACACAACUGGAAGUUUCACCAUCAGAAAUCUGACUCUACAGGACAGCGGCGAAUACACUCCUGAGAUUAACAACAUUGUUCUUGGCAAGAAGGAACUUAAAGUUAUCAAACCGGUCCCAAAACCCACAGUGUCUGUAGACUGCAACAAUGAGAAGACCGUCUGUGAUCUCACCUGUGAAGCCAACAUUACCUCUGAGUUUGGAUCUGUCAUAUAUAAGUGGAAAACAGGAGACACAGAGCUGUCCAACAACAAGAAACUGAGCGUAACGCCGAAAAACGAGGAGAGCUCCUUCUUCUGUAUGCUGAUAAACCCUGUUAACAACUCGACCAGUGACGAGUUCCCUAACCCAUUUAGUGGAGGGAAUAGUGCUACAACAGUGAUCGUACUCGUUGCACUACUCUUGGUUUUUGUAGUCGCUGUGAUUGGAGCCGUUUUUAUGAACAGAGCAGGACAUUUACCCUUCUUGGACAAAAUAUUUCCUUGUAAUGAGAAGGCACGGAGUGUGAAAAGACGAGCUGCUCUUAUGAAAGAUGAUGCAGCAGAAGCAGCUUACGACGCACGUCAAAAUGAUGCAGUUAAUGUUCUGGUGCCACUAGUCUUAAAAGAAAAUGAGACAAACCAGGACCAGGCUGCUGAAACACCCAAUGGGAGAUUACAUGAAGGAAAUAGAAAGCCAGACGCCUCGACCAGUAAUCCAUCUGUUGACACUCAACCUGAACAAGAGAUUAAUUCAAAGGGUAAAGAAGCGCUCAACGGAUAUCUGCUUGCUAACACCAACGAUGAUGGAAUAAACAAAGUCUCUGAGACGUCUGAUUCAGUGGAGCAGCAGCAGGACCCACCAACAGAASAAGUCAGUGAUGACGAAGGAGAAUCAGGACAGAACUCCAACUCCGAGGAACCCGAACCGACCGCUGAAGGACCUGAAACUUCACCACCGGAGUCAAAUAGUGAAGAAACUCCUGACACAGGUCCUGCAGAAAGCUGAAACUCUCUUCAUUUGUGUGCAUCUGCUGUGAGCUGGUCCUCUCUGGGAAGAUGAGGACCUGAGUCAAACUCCUUAAGGAUGUUUGACUUGCAUUUAUUGAACAAGCUAACAUUUCAAAUGCUGAAUCUGCCUGACAGAAGUGACAGACAGCAACAGGCUUCAGCUGGUGAAUAAUUUGGAGGGCUGAACUCAAACGCUAAGGGACCAAAGACUGCCUGACUCUAAUCAUGUUCAACAGCAAUAACGUAUGACUUUUUUUUUUUAAAGAUCAAUCUUUCAUAUUUUAUCAUGAGUGGGAUAUAUCAGCGUUUCUUCUGACCUUUUGCUAAAGACUUUUAUCCAAAACCCUUCCACAAAGCAUGCCGAUUACACAAACAUUAACUUUUCAUGAAGUUUUUAUUGUUGCAGAGACUCUUUGGCUUUAUUUUUCUCUACAUUUUUCUGCUUAAUUGUCUUUGUUGCAUAGUUUUCCUCAUUUUCAUUCUAAAACACUGAGCUCUACUUCCAGUUUGGGUGUUGAUGAGAUAUCAAGACAAUGACCAGCUUGAGGAUCUACCUCUUAACGUGGUGCUGCUGGGUUGGAUUUGAGUUAUUUUUAGUUUAGUUUAGCUUUUUUACUUUAGAUUUAUAAAUGAUGGCAAAUGACCUGAGAGACACUUGAAUUCCUACAGAAUGUGUUUGACGCCCUUUGAUUCAGUUUUACUCUAAUUAUUCAUCUGUGCCAUCAUAAACAGUAAAUGAAAAUACGAAAGAGACAAUCAAACAUGCUGAAGAUUUUUAUAUUUAAAUCUAUAAAUAUAUAAAAAUCUAUAAAAAUCUAUUAUAUUUAAAUCUAUAUUUGCAGUGUGGCAGCUGUAUUCAGUGUCUUACCACUAGAGGGCAGCACUCCACUUGUUACAACUAAAGUCUGUUUUAAGUAGGAAAAAAAGGUGUUCGAAUGAAAUAACAGGACUUACUGUAAAUAUAUUUUGAUGUAGUUUGCUUAAAUAAAGUUAUUUAUUUACCA